CCUGACCCUAAACAGAAUCUUUUAAAGAAAAAAAGCAGUGCCCCUAUUCCUUAUAAGGCAUGGGCAGGCUUCCCUGAGCAAAGAGAAAGGGGCGGUAACGGGUUAUUUCAGCCGAGUUUCUCCGGCAGCAGUCGCGGCAGAGUGAAGAAGUUGCCCUGAAAUUGCAAAGCCCUUCAUCUGAGCAGACGAUCUCAGGCAAGGGAGCAGGCAUCAGGUGAAACUGGGAAAAAAACCCACAACUUGAUCAUGGGAAAAUCAGCUUCCAAACAAUUUGCUGAAGAGGUCUUGAAAGCACACAAUGACUACAGGAAGAAACACGGAGUCCCCCCAUUAAAACUCUGCAAGAACUUAAACAGAGGAGCCCAACAGUAUGCAGAAGAACUGGCAGCCUCGAGGGUCCUCAGACACAGCUCUGAGUCUGCUAAUGGAAAAUGUGGAGAAAACUUGGCCUGGGCAUCCUACGAUCAACCAGGGAAGGAUGUUGCUGACAGAUGGUACAGUGAAAUAAAGAAUUACAGCUUUCAAAACCCAGGGUUUUCUUCAGGGACAGGUCAUUUCACAGCAAUGGUUUGGAAGAACACAAAGAAAAUGGGAGUUGGAAAAGCAUCUGCUAGUGAUGGGUCUACAUUUGUGGUAGCUAGGUACGAUCCAGCUGGAAAUGUAGUAAAUCCAGGCUACUAUGAAGAAAAUGUCCUUCCUCCAAGAAAAUAACCUUUCUUCAGAGGUAGUCUUAUUGCUUAGUGUCAAAUGAACCUAGAUUUGACUUAACAGUGUUUGAAGUGAAGUACAAUUCAAUGAAAUUUCCUGUUGGAUACUGCUGCUCACUUCUCACUGCAGAAGAAGCAAUUACAUGUUGCUUGAGUCAAUCUGCAGAUUAGAUCCCUGUUAUUUCUGAGGAAACUUCAGUUUAUCUGAAGUAUAUGCAGCGUUUCUGAGGGGUAACAGUUUCUAAGUUGUUCUUUUUUGUAAUUGCUUGCAUGAACUCUGUGUCAGCAUGUGAGUAUACACAUGUUGGAUGUCUUUUUCUAAACAAGCAAAUUUGUAGCUCUGUGUAAGAUGAAGAUACCAGCUUGUAACUAUUCCAAGUUUCCCAAUUUUUGCUGAUAAGUGCAACUUCUUUGCUCUGUGUGUACCUUUUGCUACUGUGGGGUCUCAUCCCUACAGCUUGAACAUAUGCAAAACCUCCUGUAUGAAAGUUACACGUAUAAAAUGUAGUGGAAUCUGGACAUAUACGCUUUCAUUAAAAGGAUCUCACAGAACACUAAGACAACAGUGGCGAAGUUGUAUCUGUCAAGCAAACUAUAGCUCAUGCAUGACCAAAAAGCUACUAGAAAUGUUUAAGUCUUAGCUUUACAUUUUAGGUGCUAAUAUUUAAAAGCUCAACCCUAUCUUACAGUUUACAGAAUAUACAUUGUCUUAUAAUCAAAUUGUCUACUUCCCUUCCAGAAAAGCAAGGUACUGCCAUUUCUCUUUGAUAUUUAUACACAAAAUAAGUUUUUUUGGGAAAUCAUCUUGGAUUUCAUUUCUUAAUAACUUAUUUUUAUUUCCUAGAGAAUAUCUUCUGCAGACAUUAACAUUCCCAAAUCAUAAUUAAGAGAUGUUUACUCUUAGUUCAUACCAUUUAAUAAUAACAGAAAUACAUAAUGUGCUGGAAAGAUGCCUUGAAAAUAAAAUCAGAUUUAAUUUCUUUAAAAGAAAGCAGACAGAAAUUCUGGACAUUUUUUUUUCUCUUAUAAAAUGUGGAUUUGCACUUUGACCAGGUUCAUGCUUCAUCCAGGUACUGUGCUUCAAUUUGGGGUUUUCAUUUCUAUGUAAAGGUUUCUUUUGACUUCUGCUUAGAUUUGGUUCAUGAAGAGUGCCAUUGCAGAAACACUUAUUUUUGUUUACACAGUUGUAAUAAACUGCACUGUUACGGCUUGAUGAUAUGUCACUGUGAUGCUGUAUAUUAUAAUCCUUUUGCUGUAACCAAGAAUUUAAUACAUAUAAUGAACAUCUGAAAAUUAUAUAUUUUUGAAUAUGAA